AUGCACAAGAGCUUUUUGCGGCUUUUCACGAUCUGCGUGCUGAUCAUCGCUGUAUAUUAUUUAUUCUGGGAUCGAGAUGUGGUGAUUGAUGCGACGAUUGGUACGGAAUACACUGCGGAACCAGAACAACCCCCUGAAAAUCCAAAUGUCCUUCUCUAUGGAGCUACAACAUUUUUUGGUGAUCCAAUGACUAAUGAACGAUUUUUGAGAGAAUGUAAUGAAUAUAAACAAGGAUGGUGUCAUCUAACCUCGAAUCCGAAUGAUUUUCCAAACGCCUCAGCCGUUCUUUUUCACCAACCGAAUUUCGAUUAUCUACAUUUUCCUACGAUUCUCGAUAAAGAUAGAAAUCCUGAUAUUCCCUAUAUUUUAUGGGCUUUGGAAAGCCCAUCAAAUACAUUAUUCUAUUCGAAAAAGGAUUAUUUUAAUUUGACCAUGUAUUAUCGUAGGGAUGCAGAUAUUUGGUAUCCUUACGGUCAUAUGAAGAAACUGAAACAAAAGGCGGAAGUCGACUAUGAGCGAAUAUGGGCCCACAAAUCCGCAAAUAAAUCGGCCGUAUGGAUCGGUUCGAAUUGCCAAACAGCAAAUAAACGUUCCGAGCUAAUGCAGGCCCUUCGAAUGUCUGGCUUAAAGAUCGAAAUUUACGGUGCGUGUGGGAAGCCCGCACCAAAGGAUUGCGUCGGAGUUGGGAAGCAGAAUGACGAUUGUGUUACGGAAAUUGUCAAAGAAUUCAAAUUCUAUAUGGCCAUCGAAAACUCUUUUUGUGAGGAUUACGUCACGGAGAAAUUUUUCUAUACCUUGGCAAAGCGAGAAGCCAUUCCGAUCGUUGGGAAAAGAUCUCUAUAUCAGAAUUUGAAGAUCCCCGACUCAGCUUACAUAGCUAUCGAUGACUACAAAAGCCUAAAAUUCAUGGUGCAACACCUUAAGUUUAUCGGCUCAAAGAAAGACACUUACCUACAGUAUUUCAAGUGGAAAGAAAAUUAUCGGGUGGUUCCGGAAGUUAACGAUGAGACGGGAUUUUGCGCGCUUUGCAAAAAGCUGAUCGCCGGGACUUUGCCAAGGAAAAGUUAUGCGGAUAUCCAUGCGUGGCACAGCCGGCCACCAUGCGAGAAUAACUAUUUAAGUAAAUACUAUAAUUUGACUUCUGUGGGAGCUUUGGUCGUGCAU